AUGACAAACCCAUUGCAGAGCAAUCAUGAGGUGGCAUUGUGGAACGAUUCCCGAUUUUCCGUGCCUUGGUUGGCGGCAACGAACAAAAAAUGUUUCAUGAAACAGGCCGUUCGACUGAGUCGAGAAAAUGAUAUCAUGGAACUCUGCUGUUUUAUGAAGGAUCUUGUGGUAGAACGCAGAAGACCAUUGGGUGUACUGAGCAAGGUUACCAAUGGCGUAACAGAAGUAUACUGCUUUCUGGUUCAGUCCUUAAAAAAGCUCGUGGCGUCGCAAACAACUCAAAUCAAGCAACGCAAGUCGUUGACACUCAACCGCAAAAGAAAGCCGGUUCAAGUGCUAGAAAAGGUGGUGCCAGGGAAAAGGAUAAAGUUGGAAGAAGAGGAACCAUCCACCACCGUUCAGAAUGUUAUGGACAUCACUCUUCGGGAGGCCCCACCAGGCGGAAAGGAUUAUGCUGAUGAUGAUGAUGAUUGCUGUAGCCUUGGAUCGCUUUCAUCAAAUGAACUGCGUGAUUUUUUCAAUGUACGGACAGAAGAAGAGCCGGAACAACAACCUUGCAUCAACGAGUGUACGGAUUUGGCGGAUAUUGAUGAAUUUUCCCAAAGCUAUGAUCACAUGCAAACAGUGAAUAGCGCACAUUUUGAAGCAGUGAAUAAUCAGGAAAACGUUCAUAAUGUCGAUGCUGCAAAAACCGAUAUUCGAACAUCGCGUGGUAAACAUCAUGCGAAAAUGAUUAGUUUCGAACGUUUCAAAAGUUGGGUAGAAAAUCCAGUCUCCACACAACGAUGUGUCCAUUCGAAGGAUGAUGUUAUAGCUCUCGGAACACUGAACAAAACAUGUUUAGACGAAAUGUUCCGAAAGCCACUGCGGCGCUCGCUUGUGGAUCAUCUUUUCAAGCGCAACACGAUAAUAAAGCAAAGAGAGACUUUCACUGGUUAUCAACCCGAUAAUUGGGUUAGCGAAAGUCCACAACUUGUUGAAAAGUCGAAAAAGACUCGAACAAAAAGCAAAGACGUAGUGCACGAUAACAGCGCGUCGUCGAGACAGGACAUACUAAUCGCGGUCUCAGAAUUUUCAAUUGCAAGCAUUGAAGAAUAUGAUAAAUCAGCGAAUGGCUCCAUUUCUAUCAAAGAAAUGAUUGAUACAUUACGUAGUUUGUGGGCUGUUACACACAAACCGAUACCGUUUUCGAAAAUCUCGGCCAACCUCAAAAACAAGCUCAUGGCAGCAUCACUGUUCUUCAGCAUUUUGUCUCUCAAUGCUAAGGGAAUAAUUGUUACAACGAAAGACGAAUUAGGGAUCCCGUCCUACUUGGAAAAGGGUCCCAAAUGGAACACCGUACCUGGUGUUUAA